UGGGAGCCACGUUAAAAGUGGGGAAUGCUGAAACGCCAUCUCAUCCCGCUCGGUAUGACACAGACUGUUUCUGGUUAGUGCUUCUCCCCCUCAGGGAGUUCCUACAGUACACUCCUCGCCGCCGAUCAGAAACCAAAACAGGUGAUUCACGACGACUCGCCUCAGCCAUGGGGGGGAUGAGUUAGCCAUUAUUCAUGAGGACCUUAAAAACAAGGCCUGGAAAUAUCUCAUCUUAUUAGUGUCUUGUCUGUGCCCCUGAAAAAUCUCAGCAAACAGAGCGAAUCUUCCCAAACGUUUCCAUCCUCUCACACUUUUGGCCCCUUCAGUUAUGAUUUAUUGCAAACCCAGGCUGGAUCAACUGCUGACGCAACGUAUCUCCCAUUACUACAGUAAGCAGACAGUCUGUGGGUAAAGCAGCAUGUUCUCUUGCAGAACCAGCGCGCUUGUGUGCGCACAAACCGCAGUUUCUGUGCGGUCUUACUUUCCGUUUCUCUUCAGGAAGCUCCUCUGGCUUUGUUCGGCAGCAACUUUGAGCCGUCCCUGUCAUGCAAAUGAGCUGUGUGAACCGCCUUUGUGUGUGCCGUUGCCUCAACACUGCUGCUUUCCAAGCCAGUGGAAAAAAGUGUGUAACUGUAAAUGUCAUCUGUCUAUAUCUCGCAUGCGGGGUCAUACUCUCUCAGUUAUACUGACAGUUCAGAAGUUGAGAGAAGCAUUGUAACGUUUGCUGAAAUGACACCGGGUUCAAACCAUACACUGGUAAUCUCAAGGAAAGGGAUUGAGAGGGAUUGCUGCACACUGCACAGACAAGACAAACCGCGGAUCUGCCACUGUUCAGGGUCAAGGACAAAGGAUCAGAGACAUACCAAAUCACCCUGCCUCAGGACCUGUCUGACACUUUGCUUCAAGGACCGGGCGAGGAUGGAGCAGAGAGAACCACCGGCGGAUUCUCACGUCGAAGGGGCCGAAGGGGCCGAAGGGAGACUCAGGGAGCUGACUGCAAAGUGGUUCAUAGACACUCAGGUGCCGCUCAUCGUCCACAACGGCUUCUUCCCCACCUGGUUCGUGGGCUUCAUCACAAGAAAGGAUGCCGAAGAAAUGCUCCGAGAAAAGGAGCUGGGCUGUUUCUUGAUCCGUCUCAGUGAUAAGGCCAUUGGAUACAUACUGUCUUAUAAAGGCAGGGAUCGGUGUCGACAUUUCGUGAUAAACCAAAGCGAAUCAGGCCAGUUUGUAGUGUAUGGAGACACUGAGGGGCACAGCACGGUCCUCGGCCUGAUAGAACACUACAAGACGAGCCCCAUUGAGCCAUUCGGAGAGUAUCUGACAUACUCGUGCUUCGAGGCGCUGAAUGAAGACCUGUAUGAUGUCAUUCAGAUCAGCCCUAAAGAAAAGCCUGUGGUCACUGGGAGGAACAUGCCAAAACCACAAAAUAGUUCAGAGCAGCCACCUACUCGGCCACCAAAGACCAACAGAACACUAAAGGAAGGACCACCUUUGCCUCGGAGGAGCAGGCACCUUGACAGUGGACCCCUGAACGACCAGGACAGCGUUUUGUACGCUCAGCUCAGCAAGCAAUCACCCAGAUUCUGUCGCACCUCUCAGGACAUUUCACCCGCCGAUAAUCCAGGGAGACCUGAGAGGUCCCCGGCCCAGGAUCACAACACGAGGAGGUGCAGCCCUCCGCCUCCACCGGCCUCAGUUUACUCUGAGCUCGGCCUGCUGGACACGAAGAGCAGAUCUCUGCCGCUCCUGGACAACAGCUCUGACGGAGAGCAGUCCCACAGGCUGAGCGCACCCCCUCAAACGCCACCGAGACUUUCCCCCAAACCCGUCAGACAAGCCACGGAGGCGACGAACUCGUGCAGCAGCCACAGCCUGGAACACAUGAGCGACAGCGCUGUUUAUCACCUGGCUGGCAAACCCGGCAGCCCACACACUACAGAGACGAGAUCAGAGCAGCAGGUCGAUUCGGUGUACGCCGAGGUCCCUGUCGAAGGCCUCGUCGCCCGUUACCCUCACGUGAAUACGUUCGAGCGAAUGCCCGGCCACGUGGACGCGGCUGGGCCUAAACCUAACAGCAACACCUACGAGCCUCUGGAGGACAUCAGACCCAAACACUCAGCCUCUGGGUUCAAGAAUGAUAAAUGGAAAUGGCUGUUCCCCGAGGCCAAGAGGAAGUGGUGAGGGGGUGACCAGCUGCCGACGACAAGGUUUUCUAAUUGUACUCCGACACUACAAUGGCCCCGUCCAAAACACACUUGUUUCUAUAUAUUUCACAUGGGUUUACAUGUCUCUAACUAUUUAAAUGACGCCUGCUGUUUGUCUGCUUUUCUAAUGUAUUUAUUUAAAGACUAUUUACAUUUCAUUUUUCCACAUGUACUGUAAGCCGACGCACUGAAUAAAACACAAAUGAUUUGUCAAUUCAAAUGUCAGAAGAAAAAGGCUGCACUGUGUUUUACUACUGACCUUUAAAAUAUGUUCAGACUACAUCCUGCCACCAUCAAUGCGGCCCACAUUCUCAGGAAACCUGAUUUGCAUACAGAUUUCGAACUGUAUACAAAAGCAACAGGAAAGCGUAUCAAAGAUGUCGAAAUGUCAUUUAUUAUCUCUUAUCACAUGCCUAUCUUCUACUUUCUAAUUAUAGUUUCGAUGGCACUCACUAAACCCAACGUGUCGCUCAUUGUUCAACAGUCUUUUCGGUGCAGUACCUGAAUGUUUGCCAGGUCAGAGUUAUCUUUACAGGCCGUUCAAAUAGAGGAACGGUUGUUGUUGCUAUUUUAUGCGGCACUCAGGAGGCAGGAUAAGGAAAUUAGGUGUUUUCCCGCCAUUGACAUUGCGCAGACCGGGAUAAAAUAACCCACUGAAAUAUAAACACAGUCAGACUUGGAAAAUGAACAAUUUUACCAUGACUGUUUCUGCAAUUUUUUUUUCUUAGAUGCAGAAAAUCAAGCGUCACUGGAAAAAAAAAGGAAAAAAAAAAACAAAAACGUGUGUCACUUCUUAUAACAGAUGAGCAAGACGUCGCGUUUGAUGUCAGUGUGUGUCAGUGGGUUUCUGCACCUGUUCAAUUGACACUUGGAAACAAUUAUAUUAAUUCUAGCAUCACAUCUCUCACUGGCAACACUUUAUUUAAGUCCAUAUUAAGCUUUUAUACACAGUAUAUAAACACUUGUGAUACACUUUAAUUGACUACUAGUGUUUCUCAACAUUUCUUUUUUUUAAAUUAUGCAUAACAAAGAUAAUUAAUGAUUGGUAACACUGUGUAAACACAUUCUACAGUGCGAUAUAUUCAAUAACUGUAUAUCCACAUUACCAUUCACAGGAGGGCUUUAUUACGCAGGUGCAACAGAGAUAGUAGUUUGAAAAGAAAAAAGGUUACAUUUACGUCUCCUGGAGCUUUCAGCUUAUCAUGGAGAAUUGAAGAUAUAAUGUUUAUCUAUAUUGAUAUUUAUAUUUGUAUGCAACAUUUCAGCAUCAAAAUUUCUAAAAACUAAAACCUGACUGGUAUUAUUUUUGAUCAGUCAAAAUCCCAGAAUUAAUUUAUUUACUCAAAUGAGGUUAACGAACACUUGAGAACAGGAUAUUUUACGGUUUACUUAUAAACAUAAUGAUGUAAAAUGACAUCAGUGCACUGAAACCAAUACUUUACUGGGAAUGUAUUAAUCAUAAAUAACCCGAGCAUCUUUUUCUGCAUUAUAAUCUCUUUCACAUCAGGCAACAUAAAUGCUGACAUCUGUUAUAGGUCGACGGAUGUAAUCUGUUGGUAUUUACUCAAAGACAUUUGUUAUAUAUUUUGCAGAGUGGCGUUUUUACAUCAUCCCAAAUGUUUCCAGUGAUGUUCAAACGCAGAGUGACUGACUGAGGAAGAAAGUCAAGCGAUUGUGACAAAAUGUUACGCAACGUAAAGUGACACUACGUCAGACAGAUUUUCACAACUCCCGUAAUGCCUCGCUACUUACGCUUUGUCCAAAAAUCACACACUGCGCAUUUAAGACAAUAAUCAGAAAUAAUAAAUAACUGCUAAAAGCUCAAUUUGAAGUGUAACUAGCACAUAGGGCUCUUGAUAUUUCAUUAUCAUAUAGAUUGGGAAAACACUGUCAUAUGAUGAUAACUAUAAUAUUGUCAGACAUUCACAGAGGCUUCAUAGGAGUUAUAGUAUUAGUAUUGUCAAUUUUAAGAAAACGUACAUUUGUAGGAGACUGAUAAAGCACCAGCCUCCACAGGAUUCUCUUUACGGGCCGUGGAGCAGAUUGUAAAACCUCCAGGCAUCUUAAAUCUGAUCAAAUUAAGACAGAAAUGGUCCCGUGGAGUGAAAGCAGUGUGAGUUUCACACACUUGUUGGCCCUUCUCUCCACUUCAGAAACGGUUGCGUACAGUUAACGGCUGCUUUACAGCCUCAGUAUCACAUUGCACCAGAAGCUUCUCUGCUGGAAUCAUAAUUAACAGAUGUUCUCGGUGAGACCGGUAAUUAAUGAAGCCACACAAUCAGCGCCGUAUUGCCCUGAAUAUUUGAUACUGGCCUCAUAAAGGGAACUGGAGAUAAUGGAGUGAAGAAUUAACCGGCUGCUCUGGUUGCUGCACACUGUUUAACUGACUUCGACAGCCUCUUGUCUCAGAUGAAAAUGAGACGCUCAACAUCAACUUCUCAUUUUUUCAUACUCUUAUGUUGAUUUGCAUGUGCACUUUUUUUUUUUUUUUGUUCUGUUGUCACACACAAGAUUCAGCCUCAACAAUCACAUGAGAAUAGCCUGUCACUGCUUAUGUUGGUUCCUUUAGCCUGUAGCUUGUGUCCCAAUUUCAUUUUUUGUGACAGCUGUGUAUUUGUCAGAGUCAGCACCAUUUAACCGGGUCAUACUUAUUUUGCAGUCACUGUGCUUGGCAGCAAAGAUGUAAAGAUGACUUUGUCCCUUGUGCAGUAUGACUCACUAGGACAACCUGGGUUGAACACAAACAACUACACAACCCCAUAUACUGAUGCAAAUCUAUACCCUGCAGCUCAGAAACCGUAAUCGCCAGCCAACGGAGCCGAGGCUGUUUCCAGUAGCUCCCCCCCGUUGAGAUUAACUGUGUGUGUAGGAUGUAAUCAUGCCUGUGAGUGCUGAGGCAGCUCGCUCCUAAUGAUCACAUCCUGCUUAACAAGUUAUCACUGCUUAUAUGACGGGCUGUACAGAGGCACGGCCGUUUCCUGAUCUUUACUGUGCACAUGCCUCGAUCAUCGCGGGUGGAUGGACUGACAUGAGCUGGUUGUACGGACGGGAUAUCACAACACCGAGAGAGUCUUCUUGCUUUUUUUUUUUUUUCGCAGUGACAACAAAAAUGUAAUUCACUCAGUACACACACACACAAAAAAACAUUUAUUCAAAGUAAGACAAAUACCUGAAGACACAUAAAAUACUGUUACACGUGUAUCCAAAAGAUGGCUGUAUGUAAUAUCUCAUGAUGAUGAUGGCUGAGGCAGGGGAUGAAAAAAAAAAAAAAAAGAUGACGGAGCCCUUCAUCCAACUGGAGAUCAGUAAGAUGUGAUUGUCACCAUGUUCCAGUUACACAAGCGAAUAACUUAAAAUCACAAAAAGCAACAGACUGCGUGUAAAAAUAUUGCAUAGCUCAUUUAAAAACAUCUGUAUGUCCUUAAUGCCAACGCUGUGCUUUCACCCUCUUCAAGUGUCGCCCAGAACCUUAUAAAUACUUUGUAUCUCGUGUGUAAUACCAGGAAGACUUCACUGGGAGUAUCAUAUGUGCAAUACAGGUAGGUCACUAUUUUAUACAUUCCUCAUUGACUUUUCAAAUGUAGAAAGAAUAGCCUUUUCACCCAACAAGAGACCAUUGCAGGUCAAGCCCUUUUAUCAGUGGUAAAAUAAUAAUACAUGGAUUGUGAGAAUUUCCACCAUAUCCAGUAUUUUGCUUUCUAACUUAAGCAGAUUUCACUGAGGUUGAAGAAGGCUGAUGUACGAUAUUUGGACGAUGAGGGUGGGACACAGGCACCCAGGACAGGGUGCAGGUAGAGUCCUGAGGAUCACCACGCUUCCCUCCAUGAAAAUUUUCCACCAAGUCGUCUCAGAUUCGUAUAUGGAAGGUACU